AUGGCGAUCGACAUCAGAUGCGAGACCUGCAGCAACAACAUUGUUGUAGAGACGGUACUCAGCAAGGCUUUAGUCAGGAUCGCGGUGCUCGCCUUCAGCUUGCAGCGCCGGAGCAGCAUGGCGAUUCGCGUGAAGAAGGGGCCAUGGUCGCCCGAGGAGGACAGGAAGCUCAAGGACUACAUCCACACCCAUGGCACAGGCGGCAACUGGAUCGCGCUCCCCACCAAAGCCGAUGAUUCAGGCCUGAAGAGGUGCGGGAAGAGCUGCCGCCUGCGUUGGCUCAACUACCUGCGGCCGAACAUCAAGCACGGCGACUUCUCCGAGGAGGAGGACAGGGUGAUCUGCGCCCUCUUCGCCGCCAUCGGCAGCAGGUGGUCCAUCAUCGCCGCGCAGCUCCCCGGGAGGACCGACAACGACGUCAAGAACUACUGGAACACCAAGCUCAAGAAGAAGCAGCUGCACCUGCUCAUCGCCGCCGCCGCUCAGUCCACCCAUGGCCAGCAGUACAGCUCCAGACCACCGGCACCGCCAUUUACCGUUGAGCACCACCACCACACUAGCUCUACCUCUGCUGCAUCUCUAGGCCAGCUCCUCAUGUUUGGAGUCGGAGGAGGCGACCACCACCAGCAGCAGCAGUACAUGUCGUCGAGCUCCUCGGUGGACAUCUCCAACAACACCAGUGCUGCUGCUGCUGCUGCUGCUGCUGCUGGCCUGCAGGAGAGCUUCAUGUUUGGUGGCUUGCAGUUUCAGCAGCAGGAGGAGGACACCAACAGCCUGCUCUCACCAGCAGCAGCAGCAUCUGGGAAUGACAUCAUGACCUAUGAGCAUCAUGAGAUGAUUUCGCCGAGCAGCUUCUUCUUCUACGGCGACGGUGCCGGCGCGGUCCGUCACGCCCCGUCCCCGUCUUCACCGCCGUCGAUCACCCGCGCCGAGCUCAUCGCCGGCACCACCGUGUGGAAGGAAGAGAAUGCUGUGGCUGACAAAGGAUUUGAGAAGCUACUGAAAAUAUUGAAGAAGAAGCUUCCAAAGGAUAACGAAUUGCCCGACAAACUAUUCAGGAGGUGGAAGAAAGAGCUGAAUAAGUUUGUCGAAAAUAAAGAGACACCAGAAUUCAAGGGCAGAUAUAAGAAGAUCAGAGAUCACUGGCCCGCAUUUGUGGCCCACAAGACAUCGGAAAAGAGUAAGAAGAUGUCGGCGACAAACAAGCAAAAUGCUGCGAAGAAGAAGCAUCACCAUCGCACGGGGUCAGGAUUUCUGGUGAUGCGCAUUCAGUGGGAGGAGACGUUCCCAUUGAUGACGAGGCGCCUACAGUGA